AUGACCAUCUCGACCGACGCUCAGCCGGAAGCUGGACCAUCAACCUCUGGAUUGACACCAGGACCUUCACCUUAUCAUGAAUCAUCCCAAUUCCGACAUUGGAAAUACUCAGCUUCAUCUCUUCAGUCCAUACGAGAAGAGCUGAAUGGGAAGUCCGUAGAGAUAGUAGCUAGAAAUACGGAACUGGAAAAGGAAGCUCACAUAUCACUUGGUCAUUCUUACACCGACCCGCCACCUCCUACAGCAUAUCUAACAGUCUCAGAUGAAUUGCUCCUACUCCGUUUCUACUGUUCACAAAUCACUCAAAUCUGUAGACGUGGGUUCGGCUUACCGGACGUGGUGGAAUCAACGGCGAUAAGUUAUCUCAAGAGGUUUUAUCUCAAGAAUAGUGUGAUGGAAUGGCACCCAAAGAAUAUCAUGCCAACGUGUCUAUUCUUAGCUGCGAAGACGACCAAUUAUCCCAUUCUGAUGGAUCAGUUCAUCUCGAAGUUCUCCAAAUUAUCACCCGACGAUAUCUUAGAUACAGAAUUCUUAGUUGCCCAGUCAUUAAGAUUCGAAUUCUGGGUUAGAUCGCCCGAGAAGGCUCUAAGAGGUUGGAGUCUCGAUCUGCAGAAUCAGCCCGAUCCACCAAUCGGCCUGAUCCAGAAGACGUUACCCGACGCAUUGAGAAACCUGGCUCAUUGUCUGUUAACCGACCUUGAAUUCAUAUAUACACCUUCCCAAAUCGGUCUGGCUUGUUUCCAUUUAUCGAAUGCUCAGCUCGUCGAAGAUUACUUGGAGCACAAGUAUUCCACCGACUCGAUGGAGGAUGGGGAUGAAGUGGAGAUUGAGAAGCUGCCAUUCGGAAUGAGGAAGGAUAGACUGCUAGAGAUACUAAGUGAUAUAGAAGCGAUAAUUGAGAAGGAUGGUCAAAGUGGGAUUGAUCUGAAAAAGGUCAAGGAGAUCGAUAAGAGGUUGAAGAAUUGCACAAAUCCUGAGAUGAUACCUGGAACAGCUUUGUACGUUAAACGAAAAAGAGAGAAGGAAACUGCCGAAGCAGCCUCGAAAGCGGCCAAGACUGCUAAAGCAGCGGCAGCGGCUUUGGACAGAGAAUCAGUCUUUGGAUCGGUCCUUUCCAUACCCUCAUCCAAAUCUCCAGCAUUAUCAGAUCGAAAGCCGUUGUCCCCCAAAGUCACGAUGAACGGUGUACCCGUGACUUCGGGUAUCACAAGACCUGGUGGAGCAGAUGUAGCCCUUGAAGAUGAAGGGAUGGGUGUCAAGGAUGAAAAUGGGAUAGUAAUGGGGGGUAAGGGUCUGAGAGAUGUUGGUCUUCCUCUAUAG